AGAGGUGCAAACGCGGGAGAAAGUUCCACCAUGGUUGCGUGAGAUCUACUUUGCCAGCUCCCGAACAAAUGGACAUCCCUAACCGAGGUCAGAAAAAAUGGUAUUGCUCUGCACAAUGUCGGAAGGGUAAGAAUGUUGAUGAGGACAGGGAGCUGAGGUACCUGGAGGCGGUCACCUGGCGAUGUCUCUUCAAUGAAUGCAUGAGGGAUGCAGAGAGAGAAGGCGAUGGAGAAGCUCUGAUGGGGUACUGGAGAAUCUACAUGCCGGAGCUCUAUAAGAGAGGCCAUGCAAUGUUCUUCCUUGUUGCGCAGCGACUUCUUGCGGGUAUAUCUGGUUGUUAUGAACCUCGCGUCAGGCAGGAAGUGAUUCACAAUAGGACCAUGAACUUUGAUGGCGGGGCAGGGAAGAACUUUUCUAUGGACCUCCAGAUCACGGGAUCUAGUAAGCGAAGCAAGGAGGCAGCCGCGUUAUUCAAGAAAAAACCCAAAGGAGAUGAAGAAGAUGAUGAGGAGGACACUGUGAAAGCAGCAGGAGAUCCCCUCACCAAGAAACGGAAGCUCGACAAAGAUCAUGGAACCGGUAAUGAUGGCGACACCAGUCUUCCCGUACCCAACCGAUACGCGCUCUUCAAAGGGGAUGUGGCAGAGUUCCAGAAGAAGUUCAGUGACGAUGAACUGUUCAAGGAAACUCGAGGACGUUGCAUCCCUUCCCUGAUGAGCAAGUCGUUUGAUCAAGACUUUACAAAACAUGAGAUGGUGGGUAUGAAGAAACACCUGUUGACAUUGAUUAAGGAGUAUGAUGAGGGGCCCGCAUCAGGGAAACGUUCAAUCAAAAAAGUUAAGCCCAGGAAGGAGGAUUUUGAGUCCAGAGAUUAUGAGGCUCUUUCCAGUGAUGAUGUAAAGGAGGAAAACCAAAGUGAAGAUGAAGAAGAAAAAAGUGAUGGUGAAAACAGUGAAGGUGAAAACAGUGAAGAGGAAGAUGAAGACGGAGAAGAUAAGUCCAGUAAUGAUGAGGAUGAGGAUGAAAAUGAGGAUGAUGAUGAUGAUGAUGAUGGUGAUGAUGAUGAUGAUGGUGAUGAUGAUGAUGGUGAUGAUGAUGAUAAUGAUGAUGACGAUGAACAAGAAGAAGAUGACGAUGAACAAGAAGAAGACAUGUCUAGUGAUGACUCAUAGUGGUACUAGCAAGAUAAAGAUAAAGAAGAUAGAUUUAGCCAUGACGAGGAUGACAUUUUACCAAUAAUAAAGAUGAUUAUGAUAAGGGGCAUGAUGAUGGGAAGGAGAAUGCUUCUACUGCUUUUUGGUGAAUGAUGGUUGUGAGAAUGAGGAUGAUUAUGAGGAGGAGGAGGAGUAAGAUGGUGAGUGAUAAUCUGUAGUGAUGAUGGGAUGAUGCAGUAGGAUAAAUAGUGGGAGGAUGAAUAUAAUAAUUUUAGUGAUGGUGAGGAAAGUGAAGAAUAAUCCAGAAUAUUCAGAUUUUUUUUUUUGUUGUUGUUGGUGCUAAAGCCAAAUUAAGCUCGUUUUAUCAUGUGCCGCGAUUUGAGAGUUUACGUAUUGCGUGCGUUAAAUGGCUGCAUGAUAGAGCAGCGGAUUUUUAAUCACUUUUUGGUACAGAUUUACCACGUAUUGCCACUAACACUUCCGCUGCAAGUGCAAUUUCUUAUUUUUGAUUGCAUACUGCGCUAAAAAUUCCUAAUUCUUAUUUUCAAAUGUUGGCAGGUAUAUGUGUUUAGUGAUAACUUGUGAAGAUAGAAAGAUGAAGAUAAACUACAUAAAUGGAAAAGUGGUGAUGAUGAUAAGGAAGAGGAGGAAGAUAAAGUCAUGUAAUGCUGACCACUAAGGGGUGUUUCUUAUAUCGGGUAAAGUUUGUCUGACCUAGCUGCAUUCCCUUCAUAUUCACAACUUUUGCUUGGAUUGAAACUAAUACUAAAAUAAUACACUGAUCUAACAGAGCUUUGAGUUGAUUUGUCAUGAUUUAUUGAUUCAAAACGUCUUUACAGUCGUAACAAAUAAAUUAGGAUUUUUUUCUUACAAGGACUUAGAUCAAAAAGAUACACUGUAGUAUGUACGUACAUAUCUUGCAAAUAAAUACAAUGACGAUAAACUUUCAACAUACCUCUGUAAUUUCGAAUUGAUUAAGAUUAUGGUAGAAAAUUAAAAUACAAUAUGAACAUCUUUGGAUGAAUUAUUAAUGGCUACGGGUAUUCUGUGAAAACUGUAAAUGUGAUUCAAGGUAUAAUUUUUAAGUAUUCGUUAUUAUUUUUAGUGAUUCAAAAGGUUAAAAAGGUAAAGGAAAAUUUGAUAUCCAAGCAUUAAAACAAAGUUUACUGGUAAAUCCUUUUUUCAUGAAGAAAAGAAGAGGUGUUUAACCACUCUAUCCUAUCUUUUGUUUAAGCUCGUCAUUUAUUUCAUAUAACCUGGAAUUGGUUCGAGAUUAAUUCUGUCAAUAAAUUAGAGUAUUCUUCUAUUUCAGUCUUGUAAGACUUUGGUCAGCAGUCGAAAUGUGUAAUGUAGCUGCAAAUUAAACGAAACAACUUUUCCAUUUAAAAACACUAUUCAUAUGUUGAUAACCUUAACAAUACUACAAGUAAUCAAAUACAUACUGCAGUGUGAAAGGGGAAAAACCAUAGAAUUUGUCCUUUGAUGUAAAUUUAAAGCAAACCUCUGCAUUGAGCAUAAUUCGUCGCUGUUUUCACGAAGUGACGGUAGCGAAAAAAAAUUGCAUUCACUUUGCGUUACAAUUUUCCUCACUACCGUCACUUCGUGAAAACAAGGACAAAUUAUGCUAUACAUUUUAGAUUCAUAUAUCUUGUUUUAAUGAUAUACAUGUAUGUAUAUCCAUAGUGUUUUAUACAGUCCAUAAUUUUUUUGGUAUCAGUUGUAAUCACUAGAAUUGGAUUUGAAGGGAAGUAUCCAAUCCUUGGAAUAUUCUGUAGUUGAAUUUUCCUCGGUUUGGUUUAUGUUUUGUCUUUAGAAAGUUUCUAAUAACCUUCAAAAGAAGGUGUACUUAUCAGUGAUCAAAAUGUGAAAUUUUAACAGAAUAUGUAAAUUUCUGCAUAAAAUAGACACUUUUACACAUUCCAUCAAGAUGAGUUAUCAACAAAUACACCAAUAUUGUUACUUUUCCAUUUCUUGUGAAAAUUAUGUUAAGAGCUAACUUGAGGCAAGAGCUCCAAUUUUUUGCAAAUUUUUGUCCAGUAGGGGACCAGGGGGGUGGGGGUGGGUGGUAGCACAGGGGGCCUGACUACCCCCCUUCCUUGCGGCAAAACCAAAUCUGUAAUACCUCUUUGCCCAAAUUUUCCUUAUAUAUGUAAACAUAUAUAUUUAUAUUAUACCUAGUCAUACAAACUUGUUGAUCUAUAAUGGGUGGAUUUGACUCAUUUAUGUUUUUUGAAAUAUUUGUGUAAAUAUUUGUAUAUUUGUAUAAUAAAACUUUGGUAUAAGUUCAUGAACCUAAA